AUGGAGCAGGAGCAUAUUGAAGAGGCAGAACUGGAGCAAGGGCCGAGAGCAACCCUGAGUUUGAGCAGCCAAAUGAAGAACCAUAUUGUGCAGUUCCUUCAACAGCAAUGCCAAGCUGGAGCACUGCCACAUGGUUCAUUUCAAGAGGCAGCCAAGAGAUUCAAAGUGCAUAGAAGGACAGUGAGCCGCGUAUGGGGGAUAGCCAAGCAGCAAAUUGAAGAUGGGAAACCUGUUAUCAUGAGGGGCAGAGCAUCAGGAUAUACUAAGAAAACAGGUAAAGUACAUUUUGAUGAUGAUAAGUUCAGACAAUUGUCUUUUCUUGAGAGAUCUUGCUAUAGAAAACUUGCUUGUAAAAUGGGCGUUAGCAAGACAACAGUUGGUAGAUGGGCAAAGAAUAACCUGAUAAGGCCACAUACAAAUGCCAUAAAACCAACACUCACUGAAGUAAACAAAAUCAGUAGAAUGAGAUGGUGUCUUACUCAUAUUCAGCCAGCUAUGGAUGAAGGGAAGCUUUUUUAUCAUGCUAUGCACAACACAGUUCAUAUUGAUGAGAAAUGGUUUUACAUGACAAAGGCUUCAAACAGAUACUACCUGUUGCCGGACGAGGAUGAGCCUUACAGGCCACAGUUUGGCACAGAUGGGCAGACCAUCUUUGAUGGUAAAAUAGGCAUAUUCCCAUUCACAGAACAAGUUCCAGCCAAAAGGAUGUCAAAGAAUAGGCCAAGAGGGACACUAGAGACAAAGCCUAUCCCAUCAGUUAACAAGGAAGCAAUGAGAGAAUGUCUCUUGAAUCAGCAAUCAAGGCUAAGUGGCCAGCCAAUGCAAGCAAGGAGAUAUAUAUCCAACAAGACAAUGCCAAACCUCACCUAA